UCCAAAGACCUCUGCUGUCAAAUGUCAACCUUGUCUCGUCUGGAUGAGGAUCUAAUACGCUGUCGCGCCGUGAAUCGCCUGCCCAGCUGUACGACUCACUAACUCCGAGGCUCCUGUAAUACUCCCUGCUUUUGACUUCACUAAAAAAAGCUCGAACGAGAAAACCGGGUCGACACAGCAUCACUGCAUAGCGUGCUCCUUGAAAUGAGCUUUUGAGUUUCUCUCUCCUUGUUAUUGUUAGAAGCGACCCUAUCAUGCGAGCCGUUUGUCUAGACAAUAACAUUAUCAACCCAACACCUGAAACUUCAGGAGCUGCUUAGGAUGGUACUUUAUUUGGGACUUAUUUGAGACUCCAGUUAUUUGUCAGGCCGCUCCAAAUCCUGCGCGGGGAAUCAGGGCCGUAGGCGACGAGUCGUGCUACUGUGUACUGCUCCUACUACUUGUAGGAUUAGGAUCAGCAAGCAUCCGUCCCUAAUUAGUACUUAGCGGCAGCACGACCACCUGGUACGUCGUGAGCAGCGGCACUCGAGUCCGCCCAUGUCGUGCAUAACGAGUACCGCUGCUAAUACUCGCCACGCAGCCGCAGGGGUCGGCGAAUGCGAGCGACAGUGCUUUCAGCUUCGCUUUCACAGCGACAGCGACAUGCGGCUCGGCCCGCGCUCACCUCGCGACCACGCGCCGGAGCGUCGCGCAGGGAGACUGCCGCCAGCUCUCUGCUUCCCCGCCGACCCCUUCCCCGCGCACUCCUCCUCCGCGAAGCCGUCCCCCAGGGCGGCGCACAUCAGACCCGCGCGCGAGCACGUUCAGUUCCGCGAGACCACGGCGAACGACGAGCGCACAUCCCCGCCGUGCGGCGGAAAAUCGCCCAUGGCGGGUCGUGCAGCCGUGACUCACUGGCCCCAGACAAGCAGCAACAGCCCGUUUGAUAGCAGCCCGUUCGACGAGUGCGCUGCUGCGAGGGAGAGAGGCGACUCGGAGGUCCAUCGAGCUCGAAGUAUCAGGCGGAACGCACGCCCGAGUUUUGACACGACCGCUGCCAGCGGUAUGAUGCAUAGGAGCAACAGCAGCAGCAGCAGCGGCAGCAGCGGCAGCGGCAGCAGCAGCAGCAGCAGCGGCGGUGGACGCAACGACGGCAACAGCCACCGGCGUCGCAGCAGCUUCGGCGAAGAAUAUCGACCGCGUGGUAACCAAUCGUCAAGUGGCGGAAUUGACCCAGUUUUGACAUCGUCAUGGUCCGGCAGCAGCGCGCGAAUGAGGCUUUCGCGGUCAAUGGCGGACCUCGCCACCAUGGGGACUACUCCGGAGCGCGACGAUAUCGAGGCGGCGGAAAAACUUGCGCUCAUUAGCCCUCGAUUUUUAAGGCCUGCAGUGAGUCGCACAUCACAGGGCAAAGCGGUGAGAAACGCGGGCGGCGGCGGCGGCAGCAACGGCAAUAAUAUCUGUCGUCGCAGCAGCUUCAGCGAAGACUGCGGACCGCGUUCUAAGAAGUCGUCUAACGGCGGAUGUAACCCGGUUUCAACGUCGUCAUGGCCCGGCAGCAGUGCGCGAAUGCGGCUGUCGCGAUCAAUGGCGGACCUCGCCACCAUGGGGACAAUCGCGGAGGCGCCAGAGGAUAUUCAUCUCAGAAAUGAGCGCCGCAGCAGCGGCGGCGGGGACGUGCUGCUGCCGCUGCACGAAUCACCCCAACGGCAACGGAAUGCGAUGCAGCCCACUACGGCCGCGAUGCAGCCCACUACGGGCGCGAUGCGGACCACCAACGGGAGUGGCAGGGGACAGGAUGGGGUGAACAGAACAUCGUACCCUCAAACUCAGGGUGUAUUUGACAAAAUAUCCGAUUUCAGCGGCGAACCCAGCCCGCACGGCCGCCGACGGAGGGGAACGGACUUCGCAACUCAGGUGCGACGACCGCGGGAAGUGUGCGACGCUGUCGAACGGGGCCUAGUAAGCACACCUGCCGACUAUCCCGCCAGCACCUAUCAUGCCAUCACGCCGCGCGCCCGCCACCGCCGCUCUGUCUCGUGGUCUCUGGCGCCCGCGCCCGCUGCCCCUGUGCCGACCACUACUAGCACUGGUACUAAUGCCACUAGCGCUACUAACGCUACUGGUGCUACUACUGGUGCCACUGGUGCUUCUUGUGCUACUGGUGCUACUGGUGCUACUGGUGCUCCUAGUGCGCCGUGUGUGGAGACUCUCGCAACUCCGCGGCAGCGCGUGCAGGCGCAGCAACGCCCGGCUUCCCAUGCAGAUCCGACCGGGCUUCAGCGCGCCUCGUCGGAGAUUCGUUACGAGACGGAAUCGCUAGUGCAGGGCGGCGGGAUGCGCAUGGCGCGCAUGGCGGGGUGCCUGGACGCGCUGAUCUCGUUCAAGAGCGCGCAGAUGGACUCGGUGAGGCGGGAGCGCGCGGAGCUGAGCGCAGAGCUGGAGGAAGGGGUGCGCCGGGUGCGGGACAUGGAAGCGGGGAUGGCGGAGCGGAGACUCGCUAUUGAGAGCCUCGUUGUACGAAUAUCGGAGAAAUUGCGCUGGAAACGUGAACUUUACGUUGGGGACGGACAAUGGACGGAAGAAGAUGCGCUGGGGGAUGACGACAAGGAUGGAACGAGGAGCAAAUUCGUGGGGCAUGGCGGGGAUGGGAGCAGCGCAGACGACUUGAGAGAUAUGCUACAGCUCGAAAUGCACGCGAUCAUGGCUGACGUGAAACGAGUUGAGCUCGCCGCGCUUCACGCGCAGUACAGAAGCGGCGAGAUCCGACGUGACCUGCGGCGUAAAUCGGCGGAGCUCGCGAGUAUCGGCGAGGCGAGGGAGUUGCUGGUGCGGCGGAAAGACGCGUUGGCGCAGCAGGCGCUGCCGCUGGUUUAGGAGGCAGCUACUAGAAAAGAGAGUGACUAGGAGUGAUGUAAGGAAAUCUGCGGCACUGUGGCGGUUGGGAAGAUGAUGUAAAUAGCAAGUGAUUCCGCUCUGCAUUGUCACAAUAACCUAUCUAGCGCCUCAAGUUCUCUCCAGUAGGGUUGGUCAAUUGUGAAUUUACUGUAGAACUCGAUUGUAGCGUUGUACAUGAUUCACAUUCG